GAUUAUCCAAUAGGAAAGGGAGAUGUCUAUCUAUGAUCAACAUGUUCGGAAUCCGCACAAGUACACGUCACAUUUUUCAAUUUUGACCGCAUCAUAAAAUCCCAUACGCCAUUUUCCAAGAAUUAGGCUUCCAGUGACGAAAAUACUAACAAUGAUUAGGUACCGCCAGCCCAAACAGCAAUAUGACAAACAUCGGCGUAGCGAUUUGUUUGUCAAUAUAAAUAACCAAAAUUUUAUUUCAGAUAUAUUGAUAAUUCAAAAAUUCAGUGUUGAAGUAAGUUUUGAGAUGCUUUCAAAGUAGUAUUUGUACCAGAGUUUGAUCUAUGAACAAAUUAAGUAGAAAACCGCAACUUAAGAACCAAAAAACUCAAGAAACUAAGCCUUUGUUAAGCAGACUCUACCAUAUGGUCAAACACUAUUUAUUUAACUGGGUUACAUCAACACCGAACUUAGUUCCUUCUAGUAUAGAAGUGAUACGUAUUGUGGUUACGAGUUCACCUUCGAUUUCGCUCACAAAGUCGUGAGCGAGUACAGAGAUUUGAUGAAUGGAUCACAACAAAACAAUUAGUUAGCACAAUUUGAGCUUAAAAUUUAAUAUGGUACAUGGUUUCGUGGUAUUUUUCGUUGAAUGUUAUUUAUAACAUGUUAGUUGAGGGUGCGUGAUUGCCACCAGGUAAACACAUGUUGAUAGCCGGUUGUGCUUCAUUUACUAUCAACAUGUUAGUUGAGGGCUGAAAUAGUUGUUAAAUCCGUCACUUAUGUUUUGGUGUGUUCGCAACUUUCACUAUCAUCUUAUUUAGGCUUCAAUAGCACUCACAAUUGGUAAGUUACCAAAUACAUUAUCGAGCGAAAGGGCUUUACUGGAAAUGCCGUAUGAUUCAUGCGAUUAAGAACAGCAUAUGGCGCGUUACUCUCAUAUUAGUCAGAAAAUGUAUGCGCAGACUGUGUGAAAAACCGACCUUUAGUGAAAUAAGCUAGAUAAUAUUGAGUAGGCAAGCGUAAGAUAGGAAAUUUCAUGAACAGGGGGUUAAGUUAAGUUACGGGUAUAGUGUAUGUGUGUAUAUAUAUAGUGUAUGAAAAGUCAGAAUUUGUAAAUAUAAUUUUAAUAACAACUUUAUUGUGAUCCGCGGGAGGUGUUGAUUUUACUAUAUAAUGCUUGCCAUGAAAAGAGAACAGCAACUCCUGUGUUACACAAGUCAGUAUGUUCCAAAAUUAACUAACUUUCGUUUGGAUUGGACAAGAAUCAAGAAAUAAUGUGAUUUGAUGGUUCGUCUUUCUUGGCCAUUUUUUUAUAUAAAUAGUGAUACAUAAUGCGCCAAAGUAAAAACAGAUUAUGUGAUAGAAAUUUAAGUCAUAACCGACCGACGCAAAAGUAGGCCAGCAAAUUGAAGUUAUCCAUAUUUUGACAUUGUACAAUUAUCAAGACGUAACGGUGUACUCAAUCAGCGAGAUUUUCUUUCACAAAUUCUUGGCGAAAACUUAUUAUUAUCUUACAAACGAUGACAUACCAGCAUAGAUACUCUUUUCCGUAUAUAAUGGCGAUUUUGAAAUUAUAUCAUUGGUAAAUUUUGUCAAUAAUUCCAAUUUAUAUGCUAACUCUAACUAUAUUCCCUACGUCGAUUUACAGCAAAAGCACUGUCGACAUUCCAACGUUCGUGGUUGGUUAUAGUUAUACCGGUUAUACCGAAGAUAAUAGACAACACAAGAUCUACUUCCUGGAAAAAAAUAGCAUCGCAGAAAAAUAUGUAAAUUACUGCAUGGGCGAAAUUGAAAUUUUACGAUGAUAAUCUAAGACCAUAAAAUAUUAAUAUUUGAAUGUACUGUAUAAUUUAGUGAGCAACUGUAUCGAAAUUGAAAAAAAAUAAGAGGGAAUCACGAUAUAUGUAAAUGAGACGAGCAUCGAAUCAUUCAUUAUAACUUACCUACUAAGAUACUAGUUCAUAAUUUUCCCUAUUAGCGAACAACUAAUAAAAACAUUUUUAAUGUGUACCAGAUUAUAUAAGUAGAUUUUACAGCCUAUAUUUAAUUAUUGAGCAUUGUGAAGCGAUACAUUAUUUACUUCAUGUCUUCCAUCCCACGAGGAAAUGACUGAGCAACAGAAUGAUAACGCCAUAGACUUACGUGAUUUGAAAGAAUGGGAAAAGGCAGCUAUACUUCAGGUUCUAGAAAGAAAUCAACGAGUUCGGAAGCUGGAAGAAAGAAGAAUUACUCAACUAUGCGUAAGAUUACAACUUAAUCGCAUGUCAGACAACAGAUACUCAGACAUGGAGAGAAUCGUUUUAACUCAUUCGGGUUCAUGGAUAAAAGAAGCUACAAGUCGUAAGCCUACAGAAGAUCCCAUUCAACCACUUCGUAAACUCCUUACAAAUACAAUAAAGAGCAUAGAUCCAGAGAAACUGAAACCCCCAAAAUCAACAGUAGAUGAGCAUCAGCGAAAUACCCUUGGAACGAGAAUACAUGUCGACAGAUUGCGAGGAUUGUCCGGUACCGAAGACGAUGAAGACGUUAAGAUAGAGGAAGUGGCCUCACCAAGCGGUGAAAGAAGCAGUACAGAAAAAAGUCAUCUCGACUAUAAUGAUGAUGGUUUUGUGUCUUGCGGCAGUGAAUCAGAUAUGACAAAUUGACGUCCAAAAUCGUCGCAAUUGAUGUUGGUUAAUCGAGUUAUUGAGUUUUCCGUACAAAAUUUUUGUCAAAAAGUUCUUCAGUGUGAUUACUCAUUGUUCGAGAGGCAAAGGAGAUGCAAACAUAGCCACGAUGUCAUAUGGAAGUGGAAUGUUAACAAAAUAUGCCUAUAAGCGACAUAUUCAAAAACGCAAAAUUCGUCUGAAUGUGAGAGACCGCUCAACGUACGUACGACGACGUGCAAUAUAUUAUAUUUUUGCUGAAAUAACACAAAUACAUAUAAUAUUAAAUUCCUAAAUUUGGUGUAUUUAUAUAUGUAUCAGUGAUCACAAGACGUUGAUAUCACAAGUACUAAAAUAUUUCUCUGUGAAUUCCUUUUUAUUUUAUUUUUCUUGACUUUACGUUGCAAACACAAUUAGAUAAGCGUUCUACAUUUAAACUUUAUCAGCAUCUAAAAAUUGAUCUAAUAUAUUUUAUUACUCCUACAUUCAAAUAUCUUGCAAAUUCUUUUUCUGUAGCAACUGCUAAUAAUUCGAAAUUGAGGUGUUUAUAAAAGACUGCUCAUCUUGCGUUUUCGUCCUACUUUUAUUACGUCACAAUCAUGCACCCUUAUUGUUUAUUCGUAUUUGCAUUUAUUUUUGUAAAUACAUGAAAUUCUGUAUUUGUAAUAUAACAGAAAAAUCGACA